AUGGCCGACGCACUCGGGUGGAGUGCUUGUUUAGUGGUUGCAUGAAAAAUACCAUGUGAAGCGAGAGCACUAUCACUGUUGUUUGUGUAAAUCGUCUGAAACAAACUCCGUCGACAGUUCAGCUUAAAUUAUUAUUGCUGUAAGGUUUUCAUUUCCUCGUGAACAUCUUUAUUGAGACUGUUGCUUCGAAAGGACGGAAACACAUUUCGCGGGCUGUGAUUCAGUCGAGCAGACGAGACCACACAACAGCAGGCAUGUGCACAUUUAAUUAGGAUUCAUGUAGAUGUGUACUCUUUAACGGCGAUGAUUAAACGACCGACAGAAAUGAAGGCUUAUUUGAAAGCUCCUGAUGGAAAUAUUUUUAAUUUAUCGCCAAAGGUAACGACGAUCGGAAGAGAAGCCUGCGAUUUAACCAUACAGGUACCUGGUGUUGAUUUUCAGCAUGCAGUGAUAGAAUACAGCGAAAAGGAUGACUGUUUUAUCAUUCAAGAUUUGAACACUGCACAAGGCACAUAUGUCAAUGACGUUCGUGUACAGAAUGCUGCAGUUAGACUUGCAGCAGGGGACUGUGUCAGAUUUGGUUACAAUGGUAUUCCAUACGAAUUGCAGGUGGAGCAAACUUCCAUGGUGACAUGCCCCCCAGUUCAGCAGCGACAAGUAUGGACAGGCCCUCUCACCAUUCUGAAUGAAACACCAAUUUAUUCCAAUGCUCAUUCUCAGAACACCUUACAGGCACUGCAACAGCAGAUGUACCAACAAGCUCAAAGGCCUCCAAUACCAGCUCAAGGUUUUCCAUUUUUAUCACCUCAUUCUGUUGUUCAACCUCAACCAUCUUUGGGUGUUUGGACUCAGCCAAGUACACAGGCACCUGUUCCCCGUCCACCUUUACGAUCUCGACCUUUAAGUGCUGGGGCCACACGGCGUUCAACCUUUGAUUUUCCCAGAUUCCAAGGUGUUUCGGCAGUGGGAUCCCCAGUGACUAGACAAGGUCCAGUAGGGGGGUGGGUGAAUGGAGGGAUUGGGACAGGAAAGGCACCCCCUCCACUGACUUCUUCUCCAGGACUGGACUUGACCCAGCAAGCACAGGAGAAGGAAUACAGAAUAAAUCAAUUGACAGAAGAGGUGACAAGACUGCGUAAUUUUGAGUUUGAUUCAUUCCGGAAAGAUCAGCUUAUUCAGCAGUUACAGCAGCAAAUCUCAGAUCUUCAGGAAAAACUUCAACAGGAACCAUCUAUCAUCAUGGGUUCUGGUGAUCCGGAGCUUUCCCUUCGCUUGGCACAAAUGGAGGAUGAAAUCAAUGCCAAGAGAGCUGAAAUAAUGGCCCUCAAAGACCAGCUAAACAGUACUCCACCAGAAAGCACAGGAAAUCCCCUUAUACUUCGCCAGGAGCUUGGUGAGCGAAUGAAAGAGGUGGCAUCCCUGAGGAGUGAACUGGAGCGAGUCAAAAAGGAUAAAAACAUAACAUCUGGCUUGGUGACACAGAUGCAGCACGAUAUGUCAAACAAAGACUGCACAAUCAGCAAACUUACACGGGAGAUAGAGGUGUUGAGAAAAGAUUUGAGAGAACGAGACCAGCUUCUGUCAAAUGCUAAUAUUAAGGUAAAUAAAAUACGUGAAGCAUCCAUUUCUGGGAAAGCUGCUGAAGAGCGUGAUGCAAGGGAGAAAGAACUCAUCAGCCUGAGACAGAGGUUUAAAUCAGCAGAGAACAAGAUUUCUGAUCAGUUUAACACCAUCACAGCACUAAGAGAUGAACUUGAAAAAUUAAAGCAGUCUUUAUUUGAAGAGAAGGAUGCGCGGCGUCAAAUCCAGGCACAGGCUGAUGCAAACAAGUCACAGUUCCUGGAUAUGCAGCGCGCUGAAAGAGUUGUCCGCAUAGACUUAGAGCAACUGCAGAAAGAGUUUGAGAGAUUCAGGGGAAAAGUCAUUCAGACAACUUUCUCCACCCCUGGAGUGGAGGCCCCCGAAAAACAGAUCACAGAUGAUGAACUGAUAGAGAUACUGAAAAAGCUUUUGCAGGAGCGAACCCACCUUUGGGAUCAUAUUGAGAAAUUAAAGAAGGAGGUUAAACAGGCAAAUUCCAGUACAGACGAACUAAAAGCACAAGGAAUGAAACUGAGAGACGACUUGCAGGAAAGUCUGGACCGCUUAAAAGAGAGUGGUUUUCUCAGUUCAUCAUUGCGGCAAGAAGCGAGUGUUGUACAGUCCCUGUCAGCAGACGAUUCUCUACUCUGGGUCAGGGACAUAGUCCAUUCCAUUCUGACCACUGACCUUGGCUGGGCACAAGCAGUUGAGGCAGCAUUGGAAAAAUGUGGUGUGAACAUCAAGCUGUCUAGCGAACCCCCCAACACACACAUUGAGCUGCUGUAUGCUAAAUGGGAGUCAGCUCUAAGCGAGAAGGAACGGCUAACUGUGCAGAUACAGGAGAUGAAAGCUCACCACCAAGAGGAGUUAAAGGUCAGGCUGGAGGGUUUGCAAAAAGAGAUGGAGAGCAAACUUUUGGAUGCAGUAGAAAAGGCCAGACUAGAAGGUGAUGAAAAAGUCAACAGAGCCAUUGAUGACAUACGGACUGCUGAGGCAGAGAAGCUUGGAAAUGCCGUUGCAGAUGAGAGGCAGCGAGCAGAUCGGUUAGAAGUUACUGUGCAACAACUACGACAGUCACUAAUGCAACGCCAAGAAGAGGAUCAGGUCAAGCUGGAACAGGCAUCAGAACUAGUCACAGAAGUGGAACAGUAUAAAAUCGUGGAGGCUGACUUGAAAAACCAGUUAGUCAAGCUGGAAGAGAGAAUGAAAGCAGAAAUCAGUCAACUGCAGGAAGAAAAAGGCGAACUAGUGAAAAAGAAUGCAGAUGACCUAGAGUCCUACAAGGAGCAGGUGCGGCAACAUUCGGUUACCAUUUGUGCCAUGGAGGAACGCCUGAGUAAGCUCAACAAGAAGUCUAAAAUCUUCCAGGAGGAGGCAGCAGCUCUUAAGAAGAGUAAUACAGGAAGGACUGAACUGGACAAGCGGUUUAUUCAGAAACCAGUGGUUCCACCAAAACCAAAGGUCAUUCUUCAGCGCCCAGUGGAAGAGAUCAAUGCGCUGGAACAUAUGUUGGCAAUGCUUCGGCAAGAGAAUGCAGAACUGAAGAAAUCAGUUUCAGAACAACAAGAUGUGAUCAUGGGUUUGAGGCGAGAUCUUUCUGGAGCUUCAGCUCGCUUGUCUGACAUCACUGGGGAAAUGAGCGAGUCCCAAAAACGAGAGAUGGAGCAGAACCGGGAACUUCUGGUCCGCCGUGAGAGCGAGCUGUUAGAGCAACGUCAGCAGAUGGCAAAAUUGUCCAAGAUAAUUGACAAACAGAAGGGUGAGAUCAAGCAGCUUGAACAGGAAUUGAGUAACGAAAAGUCUCAGAUCAUGAAGUACCGCACAGACCUUGCAGAGCAAGGGUCAAGGUUGCAGGAUGUGGAAGUCAAGCUGAAGGAAGAACAAUUGGAGCAGAAAAAGCAGCUUGAACUCCUGGAUCAGGAGGGUCGCAUCACAUCAGAGCUUGUUGGCUUGGGUGCUCAGUGUCGUGGGGAACGCCAUGAACAGAUCAUCACAAGACAGAGGGAGGCCCUUGCAGAACUCAGGACACGGGUGAAAACCUUGGAGCAGACACGGCCACCCUUGCCAACACAAGACCAGGCUUUGCAACAAGUUGUGAUGUUGAAGAGAGAACUAGCUGAAAUGCGAGCCAACCAAGCACUUGCAGAGGACCGGGUGAUUGCAAGCUCCACCAGCCUGGAUCGAGAGGUGGGCAGAACCCGAGGACUGAUUUCUGCCUUAAACCCAGAAGCUGACAUGGAGAGGAGUGCUCAUCGUGAAACCAUGGAUACCCUUGAAAGCAGUGAAACAACAUUCCUGACACUGCUUCGAGCAGUGGCCAGUGCUCUAGAAUUGGAAGAGGUCCAAGGUUUGAGGUCCAUGGCGCACAUGCCCAAGGAUGAGCGAGACAGACUUGUGGCUGAGAGAGAAGCUGCUUGUGAGCUGUUGGCCAAUAGAGUCCAUGUUUUGAAGGAGCGAAUCAUACGCAAGGAUGAGCUGCUGCAAGGUUAUGAACAUGAUCUAGCUAAGCUUAGGGAAGCACAGGAUUUUGCUGAGAGGAAGACUACACAAAUAGACAGCCUUAGGGAAGAUAUGAAAAGCAAAGCAGAGGAGUCUCAUUAUCUGCGAGAGUCGUUAAGCCGUACACGUGAUCGCCUAAACCAGGAGAAGCGACUCAAUGGUGCAAUUAAACAAAAAAAGACUUUCCACCUUGAAAAUGAAAGAGCUCACCUACAGAUACCUCAUUCAGUUCGUAAAAUGCAGGAGCAGCAGGAAACUGCUGCAUUACGGAAGAAAGCCCAAAAGGAACUCAUGAAGCGCAAAAACUAUGAGAUUCAGACCCUAAAGGAGGAACUUUGUGACAAAGAGCAGGCUCUAUACGACAGGGAAAAACGAUUGAUGUCAUUAGAGAGAGGGCUGGGUCUAGAGAGGGCAGUGGAAGUGAUAGAUUAAAUUUCUAAAUGUAAAACAUGCAAUAUCAAGUAGAAUGGGCUUUUACACCCUUGACAUGGAAUCCUGUGGAUUUCAAAUAUUUUUCCUGAAAAUCCACAAUGCCAAAGAGUUUUACAUCAAACCACUGUGGUCUUUAGAGGUCUGGCAUCUCUAAUUUAAUAGGAAAAAAGUACUCUGCAAGUUAUUGACUUGAGUUUUGAAUAAAUCUCCUUCCAGGACAAAAUAGAAAGGCUGUACACAGGGUACAUAUCUACUUGCAGAUGUUUGCGCUUCGUUACUUAAGCUUCACACCAUUACUGAAGCUUCACAUGUCUAAUAAAAAUAAUGAUUAUUUCAAACAUGUUUUUUUUUUAAGGAACCUCUUGUUUAGCUUUUUUUUAUGAAGGAUGUGUAUAAUGUGCAUAUUAUCAAUGCACUUUAUUUUUCCUCUGACAUAUCUAUAAACUUGUGUCAGCCCCAGACAAUGUGUUCUAGAUGAUUUUCUUGCAAUCCUUUUAAAGUUGAGCCACAAAGCAUAUACUGUGAUACUGUUGACAGUAAUGAUCGAUGAGAUGUAAGAAAGUAUAGAUUGAGUGGCUGUGCACUUGGCUUCCUAUAAUUCCUCAUUAUAUAUAUGUAUCCUAUAUCCUCCUCCCAAAGCCUCUUUUUUCAUGUCCACUGUCAUAACUGCAUGACUUUUCAAGAACUACAUGGUGUUCUUGCUCUGUUAUCUUUUAAAAGUAUAUCAACUCACAUAAAAUAUGCAGAAGCAGGUAUGAGUGAUCUCUGAAUGUUGAUAUUGCUUUAGAUCAAAAAUGAACUUUAUCAGCAUGCAGCUAUUAUAUAAUGUGAUCUUUUUCCUGUGCCUUUCUGUAUGUCCCAAUCUUUAAUGUUUCUGACAGUAUUGUAGCCAUUUUUAUUUUAGGUACAAGUUAUUAGUUGAUCCUGGAAAAUUUCAUAUACAGAUUGUUGAUAUCUAUACCCACUCUGUUUACAAAAGCCCUGCUCACUAUUUCCCCACCCUAACUCUUUUCAGAGAAAACAUUUGACUUGGUGAUGCAGUGUGUAUUACCCAACUUAAAUCUUUUUAAUACUUAUUCUUUUAUAAUGAUUUGCAAAGUGACACUUGAGCCAGUAACUGUUUCAUUAACCUGAAAGUAGGCUUUAUAUGUGUGUAGCUUUUUCUAAGCCACAUAUUGCACUUUGCUUUGCCAUACAUGCACCAAUAGAAAAACCCACAAAUAUGUGAUUCUUAAUAUCAAAAUUUUAAAUUCACAGUGCAUCGGCAAUUCAAGCUAAUUUUCCUCACAUUAUUUCUUAUGAUUAGGGGUAAAAUAAUGUUGCAGCCCUCUCUUUUGCUUUUUUCCUUUUCAGAUACAAAAGCAUCUAGUGCCUAAAGAUCAAAGACUUGUUUUAUUUGUAUCCAAGGGAUUAAAUUCUUGAUCUGCUCUGUUUUAUUUAUUCUUGCACUUUAAAAAACAUGUUUCAACCCUGGCUUAUGUACUUCACUGUUUACAAUAAUCAGCAUCAAUUACUGAAAAAAAAACAAUGGUACUUUCAUGCAUGCAUCGAGGCCAUUCAUUCAGCCACUCGCUUAUUGCCUCACCCUCACACUCACUGGCACUAACAAAGAAAAUGAUAGUGCAUCCAUUUAGUCAUGACUUUUUGUCAGAUUCACUGUGACUGGCACAUCCGCAACAUUCCAUUAUCUGUCUGUUCUUUCAGAGUUGAAACCUGUUUAAGGAUUUUUUUCAGUGAUCAAUUUAAAAUAUUUGUAAUUGUUUGUGUAAAUUCCCUUGACGUAGAUUACUUUUGAUAUCAUGGCUUUUGAAUGACAGUGGAAUGCAUGCAUAGGUUGGUAGCAGUUUUUUCAUGUUAAAAACUUACACUUUGUGACUCUCUUUAUGUAGGUACAUUUGCUUUAUCCUUAUUGAUUAGCUAACAAAAAUUUUGACCAUCUCUUUCUUUCUUCCACUUGUCUGUCAUGGUCACAAGGUACAUUUUGAUCAACCAACUCAAUCAUUGCCAUAUACUUGAUCCAGCUCUACUACAUAUUUUCAUUCUGAUGCACUUUUUUAGCCAUUCAUUACAAUAAUAGUAGAUGCUACUAUAAUCUGUAACUCAACUGGAUCAUUUAUACAAAAAUAAAAAUAGCAGUAGUGAAAA